UGGAUAUUAUAUCAAAGACUCAAAGUAGAACUUAUUUCCCAAGCUUAUACUCCUCAAAAACAAGGUAUUUAUUAGUGAAACACUCGUCUCUGAUCGCUAACAACAACAACAGAAUGGGAGAAGAAUCAUCAUCAGUGAAGCUGAUUGGGGCUUGGCCUAGUCCUUUCACUUACAGAGUUAUUUGGGGUUUAGAGUUGAAAGGUAUCGAAUAUGAUUACAUAAAUGAAGAUCUGAAAAACAAGAGUGAAAUGCUAUUGAAGUACAACCCAGUUUAUAAAAAGACACCAGUUCUUGUCCAUGAAGGGAAACCAAUUUCAGAGUCCAUGAUUAUCCUCGAGUACGUCGAAGAAACGUGGCCGGAGAGUUGCCCAUUACUACCCAAGGAUCCUUAUGAGAAAUCUGUAGCUCGGUUUUGGAUUAAAUUCAUGGAGGAUAAGGGUUCAAACUUCGGAACAUUUUUUCUGACCACCGGAGCAGAACAAGAAAAAGCCCAAAAUGAAAUUUCAGAAAUGCUAAAAACUAUUGAAGAAAAAGGUGGUCUUGGCGAGAAGAAAUUUUUCGGAGGUGAAACAAUCGGAUUGGUGGAUUUGGCAAUUGCACCUAUAGCUUACUGGUUAGGAGCAAUUGAAGAAGUAGUAGGAGUGGAAAUAUUUGAAGCACAUAAGUUUCCUAAACUUCAUGAAUGGAGUGAAAGCUUUAAACAAGUUCCUGUGAUCAAAGAGAACCUCCCAAACUAUACUGAUUUGUUGGAAUAUCUCAAAGGCAUAAGGGAAAAGGCCAUCGCAGCGUCUCAGUAAUUAUCGAUCACCUAGUCACAAUAUAGAAUAAUAUAAGUAGGGCUGAACAUGGUUUCGGUUUUCCGUUGGAAUCGGACCAAAUCAGACCAAUUAGGAAGAAACCAACCGAACCAUUUACUAAUGGAUUGGUUACGGUGUAGAAAGUGGAAAACCGAUAGUAUUGGUUUUGGUCUGGUUUGACCUCUAAAACCGAACCAAAAGUCAUUGGAAAACCGAUUAAUUUUUAAACUUAGUUUAUACCGUUGAUUUA